CUGCUACUGGUGGAAAAAUCGAUUGUUCUGUUUCCAUUCCGCAGCAAAAACACACAGAGGAGAGAGAAAGUCUAGAGAGAGAAAGAGAUACUGUGAACAAGGCUCGAAUCUAGGGUUUGAUAAGACUUUUGUUUUUGGAGUUUGGGAUUUUGAGAUUACUGAUUGGUUGGAGAAAAUGGCGUUGGGAAAGAAGUGCAGGAGUUGCUUGACAUCCAAGCGCGGCGCCGGCGGAGUGACGGCGGAGGCGGAGGGGACGAUGGAGUUAGGGUUUGUGAAGUACACGCGAGCUUUGGGGAGGAAGAGGAUUGGGAUUUCUAACAAUGGCGAGGGGGAUUCGCCGGCUGAUUUGUAUCCCAAGACUCCAUUGAAGAAGCAGCGGAGUGGGGAGAUGGUUUGGGAGUCGGAAACUGCCGCCUCCUCCUCUCUAGAAGCUUUGCCUCAGGAGAUUCUGUUGAAGAUUGUGUGUGGAGUCGAUCACGAUGAUUUGAAGCAGCUUUUCCAUGUAUCGAAAGCAAUUAGAGAAGUGACUCUGAUUGCUAAGCAGUGGCAUUUCGCUUACAGCACGCCUUCGAAAACCCCUGCUUUCCGAACCGCUAUCGAUUUCUCAGAUUGCAACAGCUGCCUGGAUGAGAUUGAAGCUCCGAAUGCUCCGAAACAGUGGAGGCAGAUGCACAGGAAGUUGCCUAACGAGAAGAAGCUUGCUGGGUUGUCUGUGAACUUGUUUGCCUCGUGGGACGAGGAGGAGGAGGAGCAGGGGGCUCGAAAGGGGCUGUUCAUGGAGGAAGACGAUGAGUGAGUCUGCAAAUAUGCAAUGUGGGUACUGUAAAUACAAACUCAUACUUGUGAUUUCAUAGUUUUCAUCGAUUAGGUAAGGAUCGAUAGCUGCAGAGUAUGUGCAUAACAGAGAAAUAUAUUGUCGCAAGCAGUUUCUUCAAAGCCAUCAUUGAAGACCAUAAACUUGCUUGUUCAUCUCUUUUUGUACAUGUUUUGGAGAGAGAGAGAGAGAGAUUCCACUAUUCACAAGUUGUUUGUUAAGGGCUAAUCUUGUGCCCUUCCACUCGGAUAAUGAAUGUAGAAUGUGUAUAACAUUUGUGUUUUUUAUGAAAUGAAAUCAUGUUUUCAUGUAA